AGGAAUUUUAUCCCCUCACCGGCCUCACACUAGUAUCUCAUGUCCUCUAUCCAGAACCUCCAAUCUUUCGACCCCUUUGCUGAUGCAACUAAGGGUGACGACUUACUCCCGGCAGGGACUGAGGAUUACAUUCAUAUAAGAAUCCAGCAACGGAACGGCAGAAAGACACUGACUACUGUCCAGGGCAUUGCAGAUGAUUAUGACAAAAAGAAACUUGUGAAAGCUUUCAAAAAGAAAUUCGCCUGUAAUGGUACUGUGAUUGAACAUCCUGAAUACGGAGAGGUUAUUCAGCUUCAAGGUGACCAAAGAAAAAACAUUUGCCAAUUUCUCUUGGAGGCUGGCAUUGUCAAGGAGGAACAGCUUAAGGUUCAUGGAUUCUAAAAUGAACCUAAAUAUGUGGAGAAUUUCUUGAAUAAUUUUGUUCUCUAAACCCAGUUUGGCUGCCUUGUGAAAUGAUUCUCUGCAGUAAACGGACUUUUCAUGUAUUUAAUCAUUCAGACUCCCAUUCACACCUGCAUGAUUACAGAAAACAUGGGGUAUGUAGGCUAGUAACACAUAAGAAAAUUGCAGUAAGAUGGUAAUGAAAUCCCAUAUUCAUCUUAACAUGUUUCCAGUGGAAAAUAUUUUGUUUUGAGUGUUUAUUUGUUUAUUGUUCAGUUUAUUAUUUUUCACUUGAUUAAAUGUUUUUUUGUUGUAUUAAACCAUGUAUGUUGCAGCUUAACAAUAAAGAAACAUC